CUUUCGGGAAAGCGUGAAAGACGGGCAUAAUACAGAGUGACACUCGCAGUAAGUUUGUAUGCAACAUUUUUUAACAUUUUGAUGGGUUAAUCAGUAUAAAUAUCUGUAUUAGAGUUUUAGUAAACACGUAUUUCGCCGCUGGUGUUUGACACUCGUCGGUUUUGAGUGAAAUAAAACAGAAAGAUAAUUUUAAGCUGAAAACCAGCGAGGUUUGGAGGAGAGCAUGACCGAGGAAACGCUGCUGUUCUUAGAUAUUCGAGACUCGAAGAUCUCCCCGGCAUCUGAAGCUGAGACCAGUGGGUCGCUCUGGACCUCCAGCGAUAAUUCCUUCAGAUUUAACUUCGCCACGGACAACGGCACAGCCGCGCCGCUGCCGCCGCAGGAGGAAGCGCCUGCAGCCGCAUCACUGUCCUUCUCAGGGCAGAGCUCAGCUUUUGCUUUCAACUUUCAAAUCCCUCCUGCAGAAGACAUGGACACGACAGAGGCUGCAAAACCCGCCUCAUUGCUAGGCAACCAACAGAAAGGGCCUUCUCGUCCACAGGGGGGCGCCACUGCAUGUGACGUGUCAGAUCAGACCCAAACAAAGAAGAAGAAGAAGAAAUCUGGGAAGAAGAAGUCAUCUGACUCUGAGACUCAGCAGAAACCGACAGAAGAGAAUCAGAAAGAGGAAGAGCUGAGCCCAGAAGAGCAGCUGAACAGGGAGCUGAACUGGUGCAUCGAGCAGCUGGAGCUGGGAAUAAAGUCCCAGAAGGGAACGCCAAAACAGAAGGAGGAGGCCUCCCGCGCCCUGAAGACGCUGCGCAGCUCCAAAGCUCCUCUGGUCAAGAAGCGGCAGCUGAUGAGAGCCUUGACUGGGGAUUACAGGAAGAAGAUGGAGGAGGAGAAGAACAAGCAGUUCCAGCUCAUUCAGAGCGAAACUGCAUCGGCUCAGGUCAAAGUGGUGUCGGAUUCCCCGAAGAAGUUCGUUUUCCACCGCAGAGCUGAGGCAAGUACCGGUCCAGGAGCCUCACAGGCCCAGCAGCAGCAGACCGAAACCGAACCGCGCGGCGCUGCGACUCAGGAAGAGACGCCGGCCUUCAGCUUCGUUCCAUCCCAGGAGGAAUUUCACUUCAAUUUCUUCUGAUGUUUCUGGGCUGAAAGAAAGAUGGAGUUCCUCCAUGAACUGAAAUGAGCAACGCUUACUCAAAAUACUCAAAAGAGAAGAUUUGGUGUGGAAAUUGUCCAAAUCCAAAAGGCUUUCAUUGGUCUGUUUGUUUACAUCAAUUUUAAUUAAAAUCAGAUUUUCUUCACAAUUUCAACAUCGUGUCUUUAAUUUUGUUGUAUUUUUCGUACAUUAUUCUUUUAUUUCGAGUACUGUAUUAUUACCACUUAGUUCUCGUAUUAUCCUGAUUGUUUAUGUAUUAUCGCAACUCUGUUCACUUGUAAUCGCGACUUUCUUUUUGUAUAAUAGCUGCUCUGUUUAUACAAAUUGUGACUGUUUAUAUAUAAUUGCGACUGCUUUCCUGUUAUUGCAACUAUAUUCUCUUGUAAUUGGUAACGUCAAAAAUAUCAUUUUUGGGGAAUUAAAUUUUGUUGUUUGA